AAAAAAAAAAAAAAAAAAAAAAAAGCGGGGGAGGGGAGAGAAAGAAAGUAGUGUACCUCAUUCUGUAACAAACUAUCAACAAAGAAACAGCAACACCCAGAUAAAGAAAGCACUCCUCAGAGCUUUUUUUGGCACUGGGGGAGGGAAACAAAAAGAAAGAGAACAUAAAAUGAGUGGCCAAUUGCAGGCUUUGUGAUGAUGCUGAUGAUGAGGCAAGGAGGAUCACGAAGCUUGAGCUGCCAAGACUGUGGAAACCAAGCAAAGAAGGACUGUCUUCACAUGAGAUGCAGAACCUGCUGUAAAGGCCGAGGGUUUCAGUGCCAGACCCAUGUCAAGAGCACUUGGGUUCCUGUAUAUAGAAGGCGCCAGAGGCAACAACACCUUCCCGCUACUACUGUUCCUCAACAGCUCCUCCAAGGACACAACCCUAGACCUGCAUCAUCAGGGUCGGAGGCGAGGAAUUUUCCGGCUGAAGUGAGUUCUCCGGCGAUGUUUCGCCGUGUUAGGGUGAACUCCAUCGACAAUGCAGUUGAUCAGUAUGCAUAUCAGACGGCUGUGAUCAUCGGAGGCCAUGUUUUCAAGGGUAUUCUCUAUGAUGAAGGCCCUGAAAUUCAGUUCAUCGGUGGCGGUGAGAGCUUAUUUCCUCAACUGCAGCAGCCAACCAUAGUUGCUAGUACCUUCACUGCUGCCAUGGAACUUCUCCAUCCUUCUUCUUCAUACCCAAUUAACAGCACUAGUACUACUACUGCUCCUGUGCCUGGUACGCACGUUAUCCCACAUCGAAGAUCUUGAAAAAAAUGUCUCGCUCUCUUUCUGCAUCAUUGAUGUUGCUCUCUAGAAUAUUUAAUAUUACCACUGUCCACUAAACUAGAAAGAAUUAAAAGAAUGGAGAAUUAACAAGAGAGACCGAUUUAUAUAAUUUUGCUUUCUUGAAUUGUGAGCA